AUGGCUGAGGAGGCAGUUGGACAGGCUUUUCGGGACAAGAUAGCUGAAGGGGCCAUGAAAAGGGAAGAUCUGUUCUAUACAAGCAAGCUAUGGGGCACCUUCCACCGGCCUGACCUUGUCCAUACCACUGUAGAAAAGGCUCUUGCUUCUGUUCAGUUGGAUUACAUUGACCUGUUCAUCAUCCACCAUCCUGUAUCUUUAAAGCCUGGAGAGGACCUAUUCCCCACUGAUGAGAAUGGUACAGCCUUGUUUGAACACGUUGACCUCCGAAAGACCUGGGAGGCAAUGAAGCAAUGCAAGGAUGCUGGUUUGGUCAAAUCUAUUGGCGUAUCCAACUUUAACCAACAGCAGCUGAAACUUAUCCUGAAUAAACCAGGGUUGAAAUACAAGCCUGUCUGCAAUCAGGUGGAAUGUCACCCCUACCUCACCCAAAAUAAACUGCUGGAAUUUUGUAAAGCUAAUGACAUUGCGAUUACAGCAUACGGAGUCCUGGGAUCACCAACCACUGGGCAGUGGGUGGAUCAAAGCUGCCCACCUAUUCUUAAAGAUGCCACCCUGAUCUCGAUCGGAGAGAAAUAUAAAAAGACUGUGGCCCAAGUGUCCAUCCGAUAUAUAAUUCAGAGGCGAUGCAGCGCUGUGGUCAAGAGCUUCAACCCGAACGUAUGA